UUACAGACAUACGUUGGAGAAGUUUUCAACAUUAUUAGUCAGCAGUCCACUGCUAGACCAGGAUGUAUUAUAGAACUGGAUGCCAUUACUAGCCUAUAUGGCAGAAAAACACAACUGUUGCAUGUCUUUCAAGAAGACUUCAUAGUUGGAAAUCAGAAGAUUGAAAUAUCAGGAGUCAAUGGCAUUUCAUCGAAUUCUGACCGCUCCUACAAUGGAUUUUCUGAAACAUUUUUCCUGGUGGUAAUUGAAUGUACCAAAGAAAAACGUUCAGUAUUACACAUGUGGAAAUUACAUUUAAAAUCUGUUCCUGUCUCCGUGGAGGAUAGGUCAAACUCCAACUCAUCUGAGAAUGUUCCACCCAAAGAAGACUCCUUUAGUUCUGCUUCAGGAGAGAAGGUGCAGUCACCUCUUACACAAAGGUAUCAAACAUGCAAAGCAAAUCUUCAGAGUACCAGCAAGAUGACCCUUUCAUCAGAGCUUGUAUACAGCCAAGAGUUGAGUUUG